AUGUCUGAAACCAAGCAGACCACACCAGAGGUCCUUUGGGCUCAGCGCUCUUCCGCCUCUGACCCUGAGCGCAACUACGUUUUACUCACCAUAUCUGCCCCUGAUGUCCCCGACAAAUCAUUCGAAGUCGACCUGAAGCCCACAUCCCUAACCUUCACUGGCCACUCCGACUCCAAAAAAACCACCUACCACGUCAAGCUAGAAUUCUUUGCCGAGAUCGACGUUGAAAACAGCAAGACGCAUCACACCUCGCGAGAUGUGGAGUUUGUGCUUAGGAAGAAGGAAAACAAGGCGGAGUAUUGGCCAAGGUUGUUGAAAGAGAGCAAGAAGGUGCACUUCUUGAAGACCAACUUUGAUAAGUGGGUUGAUGAGGACGAGCAAGAUGCCGCGCCUGAAGACGAUAUGGGAGGCAUGGGCGGUAUGGGAGGUGGCAUGCCAGGUAUGGAGGGCAUGGGCGGAAUGGGUGGCAUGGGUGGCAUGGGCGGCAUGGGCGGUGAUGGAGGCUUUGGUGGCAUCGAUUUCUCAAAGCUCGGCGGUGGCGCAGGCGGCAUGCCAGACAUGCCAGACAUGGGCGACCUCGGAGACGACGCUGAAGAAGGUGGUGAUGACGACGAGGAGAUGCCCGAGCUCGAAGACGAAGCGGAAGGCGAGGAGGGAAAGGGCAAAGGCAAGGAGGCUGCAGAGCCUGCCACGAGCGCCAAGAUCGAAGAGGUGUCUUAG